CGUACAAAUGCAUGUGCAGCUUUCCCAAACAAAUAGACUGGCAAUUUUAACCCGUAAUUUAGCGUAACAAAAUACUGGUGGCAGUUUAUUGCUCUGAAGGCAAAAAUGACAGAGGCUGAGCUGGAAAAACGGCCACCAAAAACAGACAGUGAAAAUGAAUCAGAAGACGAAGAAAGUGAGGUUUUAGAAGAAAGUCCAUGCGGAAGAUGGCAAAAAAGACGUGAAGAGGUUGAACAACGAGAUGUUCCUGGAAUUGACAAUGCAUUCCUGGCAAUGGAUACCGAUGAAGGUGUUGAAGUUGUGUGGAAUGAGGUUCAGUUCUCAGAGAAACGUAAUUUUAGAGCUCAGCAGGACAAGAUUAGACGUGUAUUUGACAAUCUUAUUCAACUUGAGCAUCCUAAUAUUGUGAAAUUUCAUCAGUACUGGACUGACACAAAAAGUGAAAAGCCUAGGGUGAUCUUCAUAACUGAGUACAUGUCAUCGGGAUCACUAAAGCAGUUUCUCAAGAAAACUAAAAUGAGUAACAAACCUUUCUCAAUCAAGGUUUGGAAAAGAUGGUGCACACAGAUUUUAUCUGCAUUAAGUUAUCUACAUUCCUGUGAUCCUCCAAUAAUUCAUGGCAAUUUAACCUGUGAUACCAUUUUUAUUCAACACAAUGGACUCAUCAAAAUUGGGUCAGUUGCACCUGAUGCAAUUCAUCUCCAUGUGAAGACAUGUCGAGAAGACAUAAAGAACAUGCAUUGUAUUGCACCUGACCCAGAUCCUAUAACAACAAAAGUUGAUGUAUAUUCAUUUGGAAUGUGUUCCCUAGAAAUGGCAUCUCUUGGUAUACAGGGUAAUGCUGAGAACAAGCAAAUCACACCGGAUGCAAUUCUGUACACACUUGAAAUUCUUGAUAAUCCCAUGCAAAGAAGUUUUAUUACAAAGUGUAUAGAGAAAGAUCCACACAAUCGGCCAACUGCUCGAGAGCUUCUUUUUGAAGAGAUAUUGUUUGAAGUCCAUGCCCUCAAGCUGUUAGCAGCACAUGUACUUAUCAAAAACUCAUCCAAUCUUCCAGAAAAUAUUACUGAUGACACAAUGUCUUCCAAAAACCAGCCAAACAAAGUGCUGGCUGUAAUAGCUGCAGGAAAGGACCGUGGUAUUGUGGAGUGGAGGUUGUCACAAGUGCCUGCCCUCGAGUUAGAAAAAUACCUUGAAGAUGUUAGAAAUGGCAUUUAUCCCUUAACGGCUUAUGCCAUGCCACAACCACCGUCACGGCCUCGAGCGAAAACCCCUGAGAUGAAAGAGUCGGUCAAGUCAGAGACUCCAGAACAAAUGGAUAUGGAAACGAGGCUGGUGACCAGCAUGUCUUGUUGUAUCAAGAAGCCCGAGGAGGAAGGAGAAAACAUACAGAUGACGAUAAUGCUGCGAAUGGACGACAAGAUGAACCGACAGCUGCAGUGUGAAAUAUCAAAGGAGGACAACUCCUCUGCUCUAGCUGAGGAGCUGGUGCAUUAUGGGUUUAUUAAUGAGCUGGACAGAGAGAAGGUGGCAAAGAUGAUCGAAGAUGAAAUGAAACCUGAAUACUUUACAGAGAAUGUGUCGCCGGUUGUCGCCGUCACAUAGUACAGGUUGUUCAGUGCUGGCUUCAUUUACUUCAGUACAACCCGUUUUAAUUCAGUACAGCCUGAAAAACAACUAGUCAUCGCUUACAAUCAUUGCUGUUGGUGUGAAAGAGACAUGACAUUGUUUCGGAGAAGUGCCUUUGAAUUAUGUAUGUUAUUAGCAUACAUUUGGCUGAUCUGUAUGGUGAGGCACGGUACAAAAGUGACUUGUGAUGGUAAACGUUGGUGGCAUUAUAUCUUAAGUCUUAUAACGCAAAUAUACUUUGCCAGUGAUUUUAACUGUUUUCUCAAGCAUUAUUAUCUGUUAUAUGUCAUGUGCAAUAUGUGUUUGAAUUACCGAAUUCCAGUUGUAUAAUGAAGUAAAAAAAUAAUGUUGGGGUUACAAUCUCUAACCCAUCCACUCACCCCUGCAUCCAUGUUACAACAAUGAAUUCAUAUUGUAAAAAAAGUGGUGUAAAAUGUACAAAGAAGUGUAGAUUCGUAAAAAUAAUCCAUGAUCUGUGAGCUUUUGUUGGCAAGUCUGUUAUUCUUUACUAAUACACAAAUCUGAGUGCAUUCUUCAUCUUUCUCAUAAAUAUUAUUUAAAAUCUUUUAAAUGAUGAAUUUAGAUAAAAUAACAAAGAAUUUUCUCAAAACUAAAGCCCAGUGACAAUCAUUUCAGCCCUUGCCUGUACAAUUUUGGCCUGUAAAUUUGCAGCAAGGAAUGGCUGGCAUUAAGCUUGUUACAAAUGCUAAAAGUAUAAGACUGCCUAUUUAGUAUUUGAUAAUCUUUGUUGUUGUAUUCCAUCAGAAUACAUUACUGUGGUAUUAUAGUUUAUAGUGCUUAUGUGGAGAAUCAUUGGCUGAAGUGCAGCAUUUGUUUAUGAAGUAUAAGUCCAUUGUUUUUUAAUUGACAUUUAACUAAUUUCACAUCCAAAGUUUAAUGUUAAACACAUCCUACAAUCUAAUUAUAUUUGUUCAUUGGUGGGUUUCUACAUUUUAUGAGUCAAUAACAUGAAUUGUCAUCCAAUCCACCCCACAUUACUCCAUAGUUUUAAGAAAAUAUUUAGAUCAUUUCAAGAUUUGUAUGCAAGUUGUGAUGACAGAUAUCACCUGAUAAACGUAUCCAGAAUGAUUGAAAAAAAUAUACUUUAUGGGAACAGAAGUUUUCACUUGUAGUAUCGGUGUAUAUAUGGCUGUAUAUAUUUAACACAUGUACAUACGUAUAUUAGUGCACCUGCCUGUUGUGAAUAUUGCAAGCAUAUUGUUUGGAAAUUUAUGACAUGUUUUAAUGCCACACACGUAGGCAAGCAUACCAUCACAACAUUAACCGUGUUUCAUGUUUUUGUGGUUUGCUAGCCUUUCUCUGUAAAACUUGUGUGUUUGUCUUUUGUAUGUUAUCCACACGUACCUGAAUUAAAAAAAUAAAAAUAAUAUGCAUUUAUUUUAAUAUUGUGGUUUCGCUAAUAUACCCUAAAACACUAUAGGUAAACAGACUAUUUAUGUAGAAUAAAUUGAUAUAUUAAAAAUUAUGUUGUUAAAUGGAUAACUUUAUUUUAUUAUUAGCACAGCUGUGACAUUUGUCAGCAGAGAUUUUCGAAUACUGAUUUGUCCAGUGCCUAUAUGUCGACUGUUUCUGUGAAGUCUACCUUAAAUUAGUUUAUAUUGAAUUGAUCUGAAACUUGGUACAAUGAUCCUUUGGGGCAGUCUCCACAACUAAUAGAGAGACAUUUUUGAAAUUUAUAGCAUUUAAAUUUUUAUUAAUGUUUUAAAAUCUACCUUCUCCUGAUGUUUUAAUUAGAUUUUUCUGAAUCUUGGUACUGUGAUCCUUUAGGGCAGUCUCCACAAACAGAGAUAUUUCAGAAAUUUAGAAUUUUUAUUAAAUUUUAAAAUUUUAAAUAGAAAACAUUGACAAUUUUAAAGUGUCUUCUCCUUGAGUUUUGAUUAGAUAGUGAACUAUCUAAUCACUAUCAAUGAUUCUUCACAAACUAACAAGAGUUUUUUGAAAUUUUGAAUUUUAAUUAAAUAAAAAACAAACAAAAAAACAUUCUCUAGAGUUUUGAUUGGAUAGUUCUGAAACUUCUACUUGGUACUAUGAUUCUCUUGGUAAUCUCCACAAACUAAUGAUAAGAUAUUCUGGAAGCUUAAAAUUAUAGAAUUUUUUUUUACUGAAUUUUAAACAUUGAAAAUUUAAAAGUCUAUGAAUUAUCAUUUACUGUUGAAAAAAUUGAAAAUGAAAUAGUGGAGCUCUCCAGUAGGCCUCUUUGUUUUAUUUGUUUUAUUCAGGUGCCUGUGGUCAUUCUUGACAUGUCUGCAGUGCAAAGUCUGUAGUGCAAAGUUUGUGAAGUGUUGGAAAAACAUUCAGAAUAUUUGUGCUGUCCAAUGGACAAACAUUGUAACUCGUGUUUUACUAAAGCUUGAAAUAAUAUAAUUUUUCCAGUUACAUGGUUAAGCUAGAUUUAAUAGUAAUUAUAGCAAAUGGAAUUUUCAUCAUCACAAAGCCAAAUUUCAGCACCUCCAGUAUUAAGUCAUAAAUAAAAGAUAUUCGUAAAUUAAAACAAGUGUGAUUAGUGUUUAUGGAAUUAUCUUAUUUUUGCAAUCAGCCAAUCCAUAACUAUUUUUCCUUUUUCUCAUAACAGUUAAAAGGUGAUAUAAUAUUGCUAUUAGAUGGCAGAUUUUUAUUAUAGUACUAUAUAACUAUAUAACCCAAAGCAUUUAUAAUUAUUUUAUUAUCCCAUAAUUUUGGUCAUUUAAAUUCCGUUUUGAUAUUCACAGAUUUUACCAAUCUUUUGGGGAUUUAAAGUUAGCAUCAUGGAACUGUUAUUUGAUGUGUGUUAUAAUACAUUUCUAAUAACAUAAACUUUAAUACAAACAAAUAUCAAAAUUAAUCCUUUUGGUUUAAAUAUGAAAAUAUAUUGAAAUACACAAGAUAAGAAGUAAAAUGAAAGUGAAAAAUGAAGUGUUUAAAAAUACCAAAUGAACACCAGAAGAAAAGAGAAACAAAGAUAUGUUUUAGUUAAUGAAUUUUUUUUUUUUAACAACACCACUAGAGCACAUUGAUUAAUUAAUCAUUGUCUUUUGAAUGUGAAACUUUUGGUCAUUCUGACACAUAGCCAUCAGAGGAAACCUGCUACAUUUUUC